AUGCUUGUCUGCUCAGCUUUUGUCCUGGCGGUGGCGACCAUCGUGAGAGCCGUGGAUCUCUCUACGCUUCCCGGAUUUCUGAUCGAUGCGUCGACCUCUGCCUGGCCGCCGCUGAAGGACAUCGCCGUGGACAUUUACAACAACCCCGAGCUUGGCCUGAACGAGCACCACGCUCACGACUUGAUUGUCAAUCAUUUCUCCGGCGUCGAUGGCUGGCAAGUCACCCCACAUGCCUAUGGCAUGGACACCUCGUUUUCGCUGGUAUACGAGCACCGCCCUGAGGGGUUCAACGGGGAACUCACGACUAUUGGUAUCAUCGCCGAGUAUGACGCCUUGGUUAUAGGCCACGCGUGCGGACACAACCACAUUGCGCUGAACGCAAUCGCCGUCGCGACGUUGGCCAGCGAGGCCCUCGUCAAGUACGACAUCCCCGGUCGUCUCCACGUCCUCGGCUGCCCCGACGAGGAGAAUGCCGCAGCAAAGUACACCUUGGACAAACGCGGGGCCUUUGACGAUUCGGAAGUCUGGAUAAUGGCCCACCCCACGAGUGCGAGCGCCUUCCAGCCCAUGAACUCUCGCUUGAACUCGUUCGCGCGAUUCACCGGGAGAACCCACCAGGAAGCCGUGCGCAAGGCGUACGAGGCCAUGGUGAUUGUGCAGGGACUCAAGGGGCAACUGCCAGGCAAUGCCUCUUCAGCGGCGUCGAUUGAGAACGUCGGCGUCUACGCCGUCAACGUGGUCCAGGAAAACAUCAGCCUCGGCAUAGCUGGAUCCGACAUUGACACUGUCAACAAGACAGUCUCGUCACUCCUCACCAGCAACUUUCCCAAAGUCUCAUACGUCGUCAAGAGUGACUCGCAUGGAGUAGCCAUCAACAUCACCGGCCCGGGUGGACACGCUUCUGAGUCUACUCAAGGAGCCCUCGACUUGUCCAUCAAGACCUUCAGUGCAUUCUCAAGCAACCCUGCGAUCACAUUUUACCUUCCCGGAAACAGCACCGCCAAGGAACUCGACAUCACCGUUGAUAUGCGCACGCGGUACACGAAUGAUAUUCCUGCCGUUGCCAACGUCGUCGACAAGGCCAUCGGAAGCCUUUCGAGAGGCAUUACCCACGACAUCAAGUACCCUGCGCUCGAAGUCACGCCUUACCUCCCACAAGCCAUAAUCAACCUUCUUGCGACUCCGGACUACAACCUCACGGACUGGAAGAUCAGCGAUUUCGCCCCAGCCUCUAGCGACGCCUCCUGGCGGCAGUCUGCUGUUGUCGACCCUGAAACCCACGAGUUUCUCAGUGCCCGCAGCGUAGUGAUUCACGCCAACUAUAGGAUUUGCAAUCCCGCUCCUGGCUCUAUCUGUGCCUUCAACCACGAGCCCUUAUUUAAGGAGGUUUCGGGCACGGAGUACAGCUACACUCAGACGGAAAUUGUUGCGAGAGCCUUGUCGCAGAUUGUCGUUGAGCUGCUGGUUGACGAGGAGAUGUACAAGCAGGCCACGGCCAUCAUUCACAACUAG